GCCAAUCAUGCAAGAAGGUAUCUUUUCCCUCAUCUCCAUGCUCCACACACUGCCGCUUGGCUCGUACAGUGCGAGAUCGCUGCCAUCCUUCGGCCCCCGUAUCCGAAGCCGACGGCCAGAUGGCGAGCGGCCAAGACCUCCUCCGCCGACCCUACGCCGACGAGGAGGACCCGGCCAUCCGCCACCGCGCAAUCCCCGACGACGCCGCUCCGCCGACCAGCGGAGAGAAGACCCGCCCGGCCCGGUCGAAGCGCGUCGCGUCGCUCGACGUCUUCCGCGGCCUCACUGUAGCGUUGAUGAUCCUGGUGGACGGAGCCGGUGGCGAAUGGCCGGUGAUCGGACACGCGCCGUGGAAUGGGUGCAACCUCGCCGACUUCGUGAUGCCCUUCUUCCUCUUCAUCGUUGGGAUGGCCAUCCCUCUUUCCCUCAAGAGGAUCCCGAGCCGGGCGCGGGCUUUGAGGAGAGUGAUGGUUCGGACGCUCAAACUGCUGUUUUGGGGCAUCAUCUUGCAAGGUGGAUAUUCUCAUGCUCCUGACAAGCUCACUUAUGGAGUUGACAUGAAACAAAUUAGAUGGUGUGGUAUCCUCCAGCGAAUAGCUCUUGCAUAUAUGGUAGUAGCAGUCCUCGAAAUUUUGACUAAGGAUACCAAAUUUGAGGAUCAGUCAACUACAAGUUGUUCUCUAUUUAAGUUGUACUGCUGGCAAUGGUUAUUUGGCGCAUGUGUUCUUGCGAUCUACUUCGCAGUAAUUUAUGGGACAUAUGUUCCUGACUGGGAAUUUACAGUGCAUGAUAGUGAUAGCCAAGAUUAUGGAAAGGGCUUCAAGGUAAUUUGUGGUACCAGAGGAAGCUUGGACCCUCCUUGCAAUGCUGUAGGUUAUGUUGAUCGACAAGUACUGGGGAUCAACCAUAUGUAUCGCGGACCGGCUUGGAAAAGAUCCAAGGCUUGCACUUAUGGUUCACCCCAUGCGGGACCUUUACGAAAUGAUGCUCCAGCAUGGUGCCAAUCACCAUUUGAACCCGAAGGGAUUGUGAGCUCAAUCUCUGCCAUUCUGUCCACUAUCAUUGGAGUACACUUCGGCCAUGUGCUUGUGCAUAUGAAGAGUCAUCUUAAUAGACUAAAACAGUGGAUUUCAAUUGGAAUAUCUCUCCUUGUGUUUGGAAUUAUUUUGCAUUUUACACAUGCAAUUCCACUGAACAAGCAGCUCUAUAGUUUCAGCUAUGUUUGUGUCACAGCUGGGGCAGCAGCAAUUGUUUUCUCCAUCUUCUAUUUUCUGGUUGAUAUUUUGGGUCUGCGUAAUUUAUUUCGACCAUUGGAAUGGAUUGGGAUGAAUGCAAUGCUUGUCUUUGUAAUGGCUGCAGAGGGCAUAUUUGAAGGAUUUCUCAAUGGGUGGUACUAUGAGAGCACUAAUAACACAUUGGUUUAUUGGAUUCAAAAGCACAUUUUCAUCCAAGUGUGGCACUCAAGAAGAGUGGGUAUUCUUCUUUAUGUUGUAUUUGCUCAGAUCUUGUUUUGGGGGCUAGUAGCGGGUAUUUUGCAUCGGUUGGGCAUCUAUUGGAAACUAUAAAGAUUGAAAUGUGGCUAUAAAGAUUGAAAUCCUUCCCUGUCCUUGAUUUGUGUACAAGUGUGUAAAGAAGUCUGCAGGUUAUAGAUGAGGGAAGAGAUUCAUGUAGCCAUCUCCAAGUUAUUAGGACUUGGAGAAGGCCUUGUUGAUGUUGUUGUGAAGUAAAUGAUGUAAGUUUGUAUUUGAAUGGUUCAAAGUUUUAAUCAAUGCAAUGCACUUCAAUAGGCAAAA